GUCGGUGACCCAGCGGAAGUGAUUCCUCCAACUGCCCCGGAACCCACGGCGGCAGGCAGCUGGGGGUGGGGGGGCGGCCCUGGUGUAGGGGCUGUGGAGGUACGCGUGGACCUGGUGCGGUGGCUGCGGUUGCUGCGGGGCUGACGAGAAACUACUAAAGUUCCUGUGGACUCAAAGUAGAAUUUCAUAAGAACAUAAUGGAUGGAGAAGAGAAAACCUAUGGUGGCUGUGAGGGCCCUGACGCCAUGUAUGUCAAAUUGAUAUCUUCGGAUGGUCAUGAAUUUAUUGUAAAAAGAGAACAUGCGCUAACAUCAGGAACAAUAAAAGCCAUGUUGAGUGGCCCAGGUCAAUUUGCUGAGAACGAAACUAAUGAAGUCAAUUUUAGAGAGAUCCCUUCACAUGUGCUAUCAAAAGUAUGCAUGUAUUUUACCUACAAGGUUCGCUACACUAACAGCUCCACGGAGAUUCCUGAAUUUCCAAUUGCACCUGAAAUUGCACUGGAACUGCUGAUGGCUGCAAACUUCCUAGAUUGUUAAAUAAAAUAAAUUAUAAUAAACUGUUAACUUUUUUCAGUAUUUAAUA